CUAAACCUAAAGAAGAAAAAACUCCUCACCGGUCCUGGCUAAUGGGCGUCGUCCUCCGUCAGCACCACCUUCGUUUCAUCCCAACUCUCAUCGUUUAUGCUUUCCUUCUCCUUUUCUCGUUUUCCUCCGCCGCCUCUCUUCAACGUCUCAGUGGAGGGCUUGGGCAGGGGAAGAAGGAGACAGUUAGGUCGGGUUUACCGGGUCAGAUCGUAGAUCAGAAGCGGUUAGGCGGCAGGCUUGGCUCGGCGCCUCCGAUGUGUAGAUUGAAGUGCGGGAAGUGUGAGCCAUGUAAAGCAGUUCACGUUCCGAUUCAACCAGGUCUGGUUAUGCCAUUGGAGUACUACCCUGAAGCUUGGCGCUGCAAGUGUGGCAACGAACUCUUCAUGCCCUAAAACGAAAAACAGAACUUCAUGACCUAACUUAGUUUUUAAACAAUUAGUGAACUUUUUAAUAAUCUUUUUCUUUUCCUCAGGACUAAUUUUUGUUUUGCUUACUAAUUGUUUUUUACUGGUUGUAUUGAAAAGAAAAAAGGAAGCUGAAUCUCAUCAUGUUUCGUUUUUCUCACUAGUCCCAAUCAUUAUUUUCAAAUAAUCUGACUCAAGCUGG